GAAAAUUACAGUGAAAUGGAAGCAAACCGACAAAGAAGAGAGUGAUUUUUGCAAGGAAAUGUUUGUAAAGUAUGCAGAAGCUGCUGCGUCGAAACCCUUGUUCAGGGGCCCCAAUUCUAUGGCCUUCACCCACUAUUUUACCCCCUGCUCUUCAUCUUAUCCCACUAGGGUUUAAGCAAAAUACCACCAAACGUAGCUUACAUUCUCUAAGGUUUAAGAAAACUAACCCCUUUUCCUUUCCUUCCCUAAUGCCGCCGGCUGCCACCGCUUUACACUUUCUUAGUGGUCGGAACCCUAUGCUUUCCAUGUGUAAUCCUACCACCUAUUCGAGUUCCAGUUUCUGUGAUUCCAGCUCUGAUUAUAAGUGUCGUAUUUGCCGGUGUUCCAUCCAGAGUGGUACAAGUGUUCCCGGUAGAGCAUGGGUUGUGUUUAAGGAGAGUCGAAGUGGGUCUCGUUUAGCUUGGUUUCGUACCUCUUAUACUUCUUCUGAUAAGGGGGUUUUGAAUUCUGUGGAGAAUAGUGAAGAUGACGGUGGCGGUGAUAAAGGGUUGUCGGUUUCGGAGGUGAAGUCGACGAAAUUGAACAGGAGGCAGAGGGGUUUGUUGGGUGGUGGGAGUAGUAAUCCUCCGCCAUUACUCGCCGGAAAUCCCGAUCUGUUGAGAAUUCCGGGCGUGGGACCAAGAAACUUGAGGAAGCUGGUGGAGAAUGGGAUUGCUGGUGUUGCUGAGCUCAAGAAAAUCUACAAGGACAAGUUUUUCGGGAAAUCGAAUCAGAAGAUGGUUGAUUUUUUACAAAGCUCUGUUGGGAUUAUACAUAGAAACCAUGCCGAGAGUAUAACCACUUUCAUCGAAGAGAGUGUGAAUGAAGAGAUGAAAGAUGACGGUGUCAAAUCUGCCCCAAAGAAACGACUUACUUUUUGUGUAGAAGGAAACAUAAGUGUUGGGAAGACAACCUUCUUGAAGAGAAUUGCAAAUGAAACACUUGAACUUCAGGAUCUUGUUGAGAUCGUUCCUGAACCUAUUGACAAAUGGCAGGAUAUUGGACCCGAUCAUUUUAACAUUUUAGAUGCUUUCUAUUCCGAGCCGCAGAGGUAUGCGUACACAUUCCAAAAUUAUGUUUUCGUUACAAGAGUUAUGCAGGAGAAAGAGUCAUCAAGUGGAAUUAAGCCGCUUAGAUUAAUGGAAAGAAGUGUUUUCAGCGAUCGAAUGGUCUUUGUGAGAGCUGUUCACGAAGCUAACUGGAUGAACGAGAUGGAAAUCAGCAUCUAUGACUCAUGGUUCGAUCCGGUUGUUUCAUCUUUGCCUGGACUCGUUCCAGACGGUUUUAUUUAUCUUAGAGCUAGCCCUGAUACUUGCCAUAAACGAAUGAUGCUACGCAAGAGAGAAGAAGAAGGUGGUGUGAGCCUAGAGUAUCUGCGUGGUUUGCAUGAAAAGCACGAGAGCUGGCUUUUGCCAUUCGAAAGCGAAAAUCAUGGGAUACUUUCUGUCAGUAAGCUUCCACUUCACAUGGAUAACUCUUUGCAUCCCGAUAUAAGAGAUCAUGUUUUCUAUUUGGAGGGCAAUCAUAUGCAUUCCAGUAUCCAGAAGGUCCCUGCAUUGGUUCUUGACUGUGAACCCAACAUUGAUUUUUCCAAGGAUAUUGAAGCUAAGGAGCAGUAUGCUCGCCAGGUUGCGAAGUUCUUUGAAUUUGUAAAAAAAGCGCAAGAAGUUCCAGCAAAAGGCAAUGAAUCGCAGGUGCUGCUGCCUCACAAUGGAGGAUUAUUUGGUAAGAAUUUUCCGGAGUCCCUCAAAACGCUGGAUUUCAAACGGGCCAUGUCUCUCUUGUCUACAUCUGGAUAGUUGUUUCCUGCUGUAUUCUCUGUUGGUUUUGCUUGUAAAAAGGAUCAGAAUGUGGAUUUUAACCUUUUCUUUAGGAUGAUGGUAGCAUUUGUUUUGAACUGUUAGAAGUCUCUUGUUUUGAAGUAGGAAGUUUUUACCGGUUCGUUCAUUCGACCAGAAUCGCUGGUCUUGUAAACUAGUUGUUGCUGAAUAUGUUCAUAUUUGGUCAUGCU